AUGCGCCUUGACGACCCCGAAGGGGUCGUCGACAAGUCCGAGGCGGAGAAGCUGCGCGGGACGGUGCCGGCGCUGCUGUCUGACGCGCGGGCUUGGCAUGAAGCGGCUGGCUCGCCUGGGUCGCUGGGCAAAGACCUUCGCCGCGCGGUGCGGGCCGCGACCUUGGGAUACCUCGCCGAGAUGGCCGGCCUGGCGAUGUGGGUCCUUGGCAAGAAGCGGCCAGCACGCGGCCGCUUCAGAGUCAACUUCGUCGAGGACCUGCUGAUGCGCCUCGCGCUCUCGGGCCUUUGCGUGGCUGACGUGCGGCUCGAGGUCGACCGCCUGGUGACGGCGUCGGAUGCUUCGGAGGCUGCAGGCGCCGUGGUCUACAGCGCGGCCCUCACCGGCCGCGGCUGCGCGCUGGCGGCGAGGCGCCAGCGGCCUGCCGACGCUGCUGCCGAGGAGGAGACCGCCUUGAUCACCGUCUUCGACGGGAUCGGCGGUGGUCGCAGGGCCUUCGAGAUCCUCGGCUUGGCCCCCGCGGUUCACCUGUCGUUCGAGGUGGACCCCCAGGCGGCGCGCGCUGCGCUGCGCUGCCGCAUCACGCACGCGUUGGUCAUCGGCGGUUUCCCCUGCCACGUGUGCGCGAGCCUCAACGUGGACCGCCGGGGCUCGUCGGACCCUCGAGUCUCCCUCGUCGAUUGCAUGGUCGAGCUCAUCGGGGGUUUGCGGGCGGCCAUGCCUGAGGCGACGGUUGACUUCCUGUGCCAGAACGUUGCUUCGAUGGCUGAGUCCGACGUUAUCCACCUCAACCGGCUCUUCGAGCGCGUCCAUCUGGAGAUCGAGGCCGGUGGCGUCGGCUGGGUCAAGCGGCCCCGCUUGUACUGGGCAUCUUGGGACCUCCUGCCGUCGUACGAGGCCGAGGCUAUCAUGGUGGUGGCCAAGGACUCGUCAGCGCGCCGCGCGUGCCGCGUGGCGCUGAAAGCUGCGCGGCCGCCGCUGGAGGAGCGGCUGCCGGCUGGCGCGAGCUGCCCUGGCGCUGCCGAGGGUGAGCCGCUGCCGACCUUCGUCCGCUGGACGCUGCGCUCGCAGCCGCGCCCUAGGCCUGCGGGCAUCGGCGAGUGCUCAGCUGCGGAGCUGGUGCGCUGGGAGGAGGCGGGCUUCGCGGCCCCGCCUUAUCAGUUUCGUGGCAAGUGGUGCACUCACUGGCCUGAUGGGCGGAUCACGCCCCCCGAUGCGGGCGCGCGCGAGAAGCUGAUGGGCUUCGCCGAGGGUCGCACGGCCCCCUGCAUGACGAGCAGCGAGGCGAAGGCCGACCCUAGGAAGUACGAGGCCUUGCGCCGCUCCUUGCUCGG